CAUGCGCCAUUUCUCACGACCAUAUCGGACAUAAUUUUAUAGCAGCUGUCUAUUUUCAUCUUCAUGAACUGCUUUAUGAAAAUAAUAUUGGAUCACUUAAAGCAAAACAUCUAUACAUAUAUAUAAUCACGGAAAUCUGAAUAAUCAUGGCGGGACGUUUCUUCCGAGGAUCAGACUCUGAGUCUGACAGUUCCAGCGAUAGUGAUGAACCAACAUUUGCACCACAGAAAGACAGGCCUAUGCGGCCAGCUGCUUUCCAGUUGAGUGAUGAUGAAGAGGAACAGACUCGAGUAGUUCGCAGUGCUAAAGACAAAAGGUAUGAGGAACUGCGAAAGAUCAUUAAGCUAAUAGGAAACCACAAAAAGAUCAAGGACAUGUCCAAAGUCUUGUCAGGCUUUGAAGACUUAGGCCGUGCCUAUGAUAAAGCAAAGAAGGUGGUUGAUAAGGAGGGCGGAAGUCCACGGUUCUAUAUUCGAUGUCUGUCUGAGUUAGAAGACUUUGUUAAUGAGUGCUGGGAGGACCGAGAGGGUAGGAAACAGAUGAGUAAGAACAAUGCCAAGGGUUUGACCACACUUCGGCAGAAGCUCCGCAAGUAUAAUCGUGACUUUGAGGAGCAAAUCAGCAGCUAUAAAGAGCACCCAGAUGAGGGCGAUGAAGAUGAUGAAGAAAAAGUUGAAGAGAAAGAAGUGGACACAGAGGAAAUAGCCCCAGCUCCUGUUGUACAGGAUUCUGUACCUGCCUAUCAGAGACAAGAGGGUGAUGAUAUUGACGAUGAUGACCUUAGUGACUGGAGCUCUUCGGAAACAGACUCAUCAUCAUCAGAUGAUGAAAUGGAAGUGGGGCCUGGAGGUUAUACUCUUGCUAUGUUCUUGAAAAAGAAACCUGGAGAGGAAGGUCCAAAGAAAGAAGGAAAGAAGGACAGAGCGACAAAGAAAGAAUCUCGACCCAAAUGGCAACCUGUUAAGAAGCCCGCCUAUUCUGCAGUUAAGGAAAAGACUGUUAUGUUCGCUAAGGAAGCAGAUAUCACACAUGAGGCCGUUGUUAAAAAACUGGCAGAAAUCAUUGCUGCCCGAGGUAAAAAGGGAACAGACCGAAGUGAACAGAUUGAGUUGCUGAAGGAGCUAAUGACCAUUGCUGAUGGUAAAAGUCUAGGACCAGCAAUCAGCGUAAAGAUCAUGUUUCAUAUCCUGGCAGCCAUUUAUGACUACAACCCUAAUAUUGCUACCUGUAUGAGAACAGAGAUGUGGGAAGUGUGUCUUACCUUCAUCAAAAAAUUACUGGGUGUCUUAGUUGAGAAUCGAGACAUCACUAUUGGUGAUAAUAUUUUGGAGGAGAGUGAAAUACUGGAUGUCUCACCAUACCGCGUGCGAGGCUGUAUUCUGACCUUAGUGGAGAGGCUGGAUGAAGAAUUUACCAAGAUGUUACAGGCUUGUGAUGCUCACAGUACAGAAUAUGUUGACAGAUUGAAGGACGAAUCAAUCAUGUGUGACAUCCUUGAGCAGUUACAAGAGUAUCUUGAGUACCGAUCUGCACCAGGGGAACCAUGUCGAGCCACGUCUUCGGAGUUAUGCCGUAUUUACCUCCGCAGGGUGGAACAUACAUACUAUAAGUUUGAUCGUACCAUCUUUGACGAAGGAUUUGAUGGAGUGGACACAAGUAAGAUCCUAAUGGGAGACCUCUGUAAAUAUAUUUAUGCCAAGGAUAAUACUGAUCGUUUGAGGACACGAGCCAUGCUGUGUCAGAUAUACCACCACGCUCUUCAUGACCGCUGGUACGAGGCCCGCGACCUCAUGCUCAUGUCUCAUCUCCAGGACAACAUCCAUCACUCUGAUGUUCCAACACAGAUUUUAUACAACAGGACUAUGGUACAGCUUGGUCUGUGUGCCUUUAGACAAGGAAGGACUCGUGAUGCCCAUAAUGCUCUAGUCGAUAUCCAGAGUGGAGGCCGUGCCAAGGAGCUCCUGGCACAAGGUUUAUUAUUACAAAGACAACAUGAGAGAACACCCGAACAGGAGAAGAUUGAGAAGCGACGUCUAUUACCUUAUCACAUGCACAUUAACCUGGAACAGUUAGAGUGUGUAUACUUGGUGUCCGCCAUGCUUAUGGAGAUUCCAUACAUGGCAGCUCAUGAAAUGGAUGCACGCCGUCGUAUGAUUAGUAAGAAUUUCCAUCAUGUGUUACGGAUGAGUGAGCGACAGACACUGACAGGACCACCAGAGAGUAUGCGAGAGCAUGUUGUUGCUGCCUCCAAGGCAAUGAAGACUGGUAAUUGGAAAGAGUGCAAAAACUACAUCAUCAACGAGAAGAUGAGCACUAAGGUUUGGGAUCUGUUCUUUAAGCCAUUGAAUGUUCAGGAGAUGAUCACCACAAAGAUUCAAAAAGAAAGCCUGCGUACCUACCUGUUUACGUACAGCAGUGUGUACGAUUCUCUCAGUCUUGUCACAUUGGCCAACAUGUUUGAGCUAGAACGCUCUGUUGUUCACUCCAUCAUCAGCAAAAUGAUCCUCAACGAGGAACUAAUGGCCUCCCUGGAUGAGCCUACACAGACAGUUGUGAUGCAUCGUACAGAACCAACACGUCUCCAGUCCCUGGCACUCCAACUCUCAGAGAAAGUCUCCUCACUUGUUGACAACAAUGAGAGGAUUAUGGACCUCAAACAGGGAAAUCUCUUCUUUGGCAAACAGACAAUCAAAAGUGGUUCUGUAGCUCCUGUUCAAGACCAACAGUUCGGAUAUCAAAAUAAUAAUCAGAACCAGGGUGGCUGGCAAGGCAAAGGUCCUCAGAAACGUUACGAAGGUGGUGGGGACAACAAAGGAUGGCAAAAUAAGAAUCGUUACAAUGACGGAGAGAAUAAGAACUGGCAAAACAAAAACCGCUAUAAUGAUAACCGGGGUGGGGAAAACAAGCCAGGAUGGAAACAAUAUGGUGGCUACAACAACCAGAACCAGAACAGUUGGGAAGGCCGUCGAAAUCAAAGGCAGCAACAAAGGUAUUAGACCUGUGUAUUCUACUGUUCAAAACCUGCGAUCUUUUAAGUGACUGUUGGAACUCCAAGAUUUAUUGUGACAUUGUGUCAACAUUUCUAACCAAUUGACUCCAAAAAAUUCUUUCAAUAUAGCAACAGUUUUUAUUGUUAAUGCAAGUUUGUAUGGUAGGGAUGAAAUUCUGGUGUAUAUAUAGGAUUAAAACGUCAAAUUAGAUAGUAGGCAAAUUUUUGUAAAUUACAGGAUGAAAGAUUGUUCCCUAUUUAUGUUAACAGGAAACCUAUCAAGUUGGUUGAAAGUGCUAGAAUCUCUGUUAAGGGAUGAAAUGAAUAUAAUCAAUAAUACAUACUAUUCUUCUAAGGUCAGAAACUGCAUUCAAAUUAAGUCUUUUCAUAGAAAUUGCUGAUGAGGAAUUCUUUGUAAUGAAAUAAAAUCAUGACUCAGAUUUCAUUUUAAUUUUGUUAUUGUGUCAUACUCAUGGAUUAUAGGUGUCAAUUGUCAUUUAAAAUUUGCAGUCUUUAUAUUUUUGAAGGUCAAAUGCAAUUUAAAUAUGAGAUACAUCAUAAGCUAUGGAGUUAUGCAUAUGUCGAUCUUCAGUGACGCCUAUUUAUGAAAAAUAAAUCAUUGAUAUCUUGACA